GCGGCCAACCCCGGCACGGGAUGGGGCGGGGGAGACGAUGAGUGACAGCCCUGGAAGUCGCGGCGGCGGACGAGCUCCGGGUCCGGUUGCCAGGGACGACCGAAGAGAUGCAACCAUAGAAGGAGAAGGAAUCACAGUGGAGAACUGAGAAGCCACCAUGCAAUGGAGGCACCCAGGCCACAACACUAUUCACACUUUCCUGUGGCAUUAGAAAGGGAUGGAGCAGAACCCAUGUGACACUGGAUGACACCUACCUCAGUGACAGAAUGGCUCACUUUGAUACAGAGUAUCAGCGGCUGGAAGGCUCAUACAAUGACUCUCCCCCAGGAGAAGAAGACUUGAUGGUUCAUGUCGUUGAGGGCAGCAAAUCUCCCUGGCAUCACAUUGAGAAUUUGGAUCUCUUUUUCUCUCGUGUCUAUAACCUGCACCAGAAGAAUGGCUUCACCUGUAUGCUCAUCAGUGAGAUCUUUGAGUUAAUGCAGUUCAUUUUUGUUGUGGCCUUCACCACAUUCCUUGUCAGCUGUGUUGACUAUGACAUCCUCUUUGCCAAUAAGCUGGUGAAUCACAGCCAGCAUUCCAGUGAUCCAGUCAAGGUGACCCUGCCAGAUGCUUUCCUGCCUCCCAAUGAGUGCAGUGCUAGGAUUCAGACCAAUGGCUUUCUUCUCUCCAUCCUGGUGAUUGCGGGGGUCUUCUGGAUCCAUCGGCUGAUCAAAUUCAUCUACAAUAUUUGCUGCUAUUGGGAGAUCCACUCUUUUUACAUCAGUGCUCUCAAGAUUCCUAUGUCCAAUUUGCCCUAUUAUACAUGGCAAGAGGUGCAGGCACGGAUUGUGCAAAUCCAGAAGGAACACCAGAUCUGCAUCCAUAAGAAGGAGCUGACUGAGUUGGAUGUCUACCAUCGCAUCCUACGUUUCAAGAACUACAUGGUGGCCAUGGUGAACAAGUCACUUCUGCCUGUGCGCUUCCACCUUCCUCUGCUGGGUGACACAGUCUUUUUUACACGUGGCCUGAAGUACAACUUUGAGCUGAUCUUUUUUUGGGGGCCAGGCUCCCUCUUUGAAAAUGAGUGGAGCCUUAAGGCAGAGUACAAGCGAGGCAGCAAUCGCCUAGAACUGGCUGAUAAAUUAGGCACCCGCAUCCUAUGGAUUGGCAUUGCCAACUUUCUGCUCUGCCCACUUAUCCUCAUCUGGCAGAUCCUCUAUGCUUUCUUCAGCUACACAGAGAUUCUCAAGCGAGAACCAGGCAGCCUGGGAGCUCGCUGUUGGUCCCUUUACGGCCGCUGCUACCUGCGGCAUUUCAACGAGCUGGACCAUGAGUUACAGUCACGGCUCAGCAAAGGCUAUAAGCCAGCUUCCAAGUAUAUGAACUGCUUCAUUUCACCCUUGCUCACCAUUGUGGCCAAGAAUGUGGCCUUCUUUGCUGGCUCCAUCCUAGCUGUCCUCAUUGCCCUCACAAUUUAUGAUGAGGAUGUGCUGGCCGUGGAACAUGUCCUCACUACUGUCACCAUCCUGGGCGUAGGUGUCACUGUCUGCAGAUCCUUCAUCCCAGAUCAGCACUUGGUAUUCUGCCCAGAGCAGCUACUUCGAGUGAUUUUGGCACAUAUCCACUACAUGCCUGACCACUGGCAAGGCAAUGCCCACCGUUAUGAGACCCGGGAUGAGUUCGCCCAGCUCUUCCAGUAUAAGGCGGUGUUCAUUCUUGAGGAACUGCUUAGCCCCAUUGUGACCCCCUUAAUCCUCAUCUUCUGCCUGAGACCCAAAGCCCUGGAGAUCAUUGAUUUCUUCCGCAACUUCACAGUGGAGGUGGUGGGGGUGGGAGAUACCUGCUCUUUUGCCCAGAUGGAUGUGCGCCAACAUGGACACCCUGCAUGGAUGUCAGCUGGGAAGACGGAGGCUUCCAUUUACCAGCAGGCUGAAGAUGGCAAGACAGAGCUGUCUCUCAUGCACUUUGCCAUUACCAACCCACACUGGCAGCCCCCUCGGGAGAGCACAGCCUUCAUUGGCUUGCUUAAGGAACGUGUGCAUCGCGACAGCAGCCUGGCAUUGGCCCAGCAGGCCGUCCUCCCUGACAACACCCUCUUCACUUCCAUCCAGUCCUUGCAGUCAGAAUCUGAGCCUCACAGCCUGAUUGCCAAUGUGAUUGCAGGCUCCUCAGCCCUGGGCUACCAGGCAGUCCGUGAUGCCCAGACCUCGCGGCAUCUCUCUGCUGUAUCUGAGGUGGCCUCUGCCCUGCGGUCUUUCUCCCCUCUCCAGUCUACUCACACAGCCCAUGGGAGUUCCCAUGCUGAAGGUUCCCAGCUUCGGGGCCCUGGCACAAUGAUGGGCUCUGGGGCAGAUGCCAGGACUGCUAGCUCUGGAAGUAGUGCUUGGGAGGGUCAGCUCCAGAGCCUGAUCCUUUCAGAAUACGCCUCUACGGAGAUGAGUCUGCAUGCUCUCUACAUGCAUGAGUUGCACAAACAGCAUGCCCAGUUGGACCUUGAGCGGCACCUAUGGCACCGGCAGGAGAGUGAUGAAAGUGGAGAGAGUGCCCAAGAUGAGCCGGAAGCUCAGCGAAGCACCCCUGGCAGUGCGAUUCCUCGUUCAGCCAGCUAUCCUUUGGCUUCGCCUCGCCAAGCUGGGGAUGAAACUGCUGCCCUGCAAGCAGGGUUCCAGCGCCAGUAUGGUGGAGUCUCAGAUCCUGGUAUAGUGAACAGAGCCCCAUCACAUUUUGCUCGGCUGCCCCUUGGAGGCUGGGCUGAGGAUGGCCAAACUGCUCGGCACCCAGAGCCUGUCCCAGAGGAGCCUUCAGAAGAUGACUUGCCACCUCAGAUACACAAGGUGUAGCUGUGAAGGCUGAAGAUCCAGUGAAGGUUCCAAAUUCUGGGCUUGCCUCAGCCAAUGGGACCCUGAAUCCCCCUACCCUGCAAGGUAUGGGUUGGCUCAGGUGUCCAUGUGCUGGGCAUCAGGAUCAGAGGGAAGAAGGUGUGAGAGGUUAGCAGUGCCUUUGUGGAAGGCGGAACUCUGUCCAGACAUGCAUCAUGCCCAGUGGCAUCCUAGCUGUGCAUAAGCUGGAUGUGUGUGUGAUUACAUAUAUUUGUCCGUGUCUGCAUAAGUGUCGUCCAUAUUGGAGAAUCAUCUGAGAUCCACACAGAAUGCCACGGAGCACGCAGGAGAGCUGGGAGGUUGGUGGGCACUCUCCCUGCCUGACCUUUCCCAGAAUGGGAGGAGGACCUGCUCUCUGGACCCUGUUGAGAGGCAGGAAAAGCGAUCCCACUCUCCAGACUUGCUACAGGAAUAAAGAUGCAAUCAAGAGAUAGACCUGGACUCAGGAAAAGAAGGGCUGUGAGAGAUUAUUUUUGUAAGAAGAAGGGGGCACAGGCUUCCUCCAGUGACAGAGCCUGACUCAAAUGAUGCUUUCCACAUCAUAACUUCCAUUCCACUUCCCCAUUCACUCAUGAACUUCAAAGCCAAGUCAGAAGGAGUUGUCCCUGCAGUGCCAACAUCACUAUUAUGGCAGAAUCCGUCUCCUUGUGGGCACAACCACAUUGCAUAGGGAUACUUGUCUUUCCUCUCCUUCUUGCAAUUUAAAGCACAGUUUACCCAGACCCUAACCAGAAGUUUACUUGAGCCAAUAUCUGAAGUGACAUAAUUUGUUGUUCCACUUACCAAUUAAUGCCAUUGGCUGAAAGCCUCCAUCCCUGGGGAGAUGGCUUUGUCUGAGGAAGCCCUUUGCUCACAUCUUGUUCAUCCUGCUAGACUUAAUACUGAAAAGGAGACUGUGCGCCACAUUGUGUGCAUGUGUGUGCUUGAGGGAUGGAUAGAGGAGGGCAGUAUUUAUCUCUCCAACAUCAUGCUAUUUACACAAUUCUCAGAUCCUUGAGCCCUGCUUGGGCUCUUUUACCAACUGGUGCUGUUCACUUGUAAUAUCUGCAUUUUAUACAGGUGCCUUGAUGGUAAGUCUCCAGCUGUCAUAGAACUUCCAGUAAGAAAUGGGUUGCUACAUCUCAAAAUAAAGUAAAAUAAAUAUGACAGGAUCUUAUAUAUGGGGAGGGCCCAGCUUGGGUUCUUACAGAAAGAGUUGGACCUCCUAUCCUGUUUGACAAGGCGCUCUUGAGCCUUGGCUAUAGAAGCCUUGUUGACCCUAGUAGUUCCCCACAAUAAAGAUCCCCAUUCUCUCAGCUCCUGUACCUGCUCCACUUGGCUUUUCCAAUUGCUUUCUGGCCCCAGGACAAAGUAGGGACUCUUGUGGCUUGCACAGUUUAUACCACAAAUGAUCCUUUCUGGUCAGCUGAUAAAAAGCACCACAAGAAUCUAGCUAAUCAUUGCAUGGAUUCAUGUUAGCCCUCUCUAAGAAUCAUAGGUCUCCCAAAUGCCUCAGACAAACUAUAGUGUAACCUAAAUUGACUCUGGGGCUCAAAUAGGACACUUCUAUCGCUGUUUUACAAUAACUACUGUAGCCCCCAAUAGCCACUUGCCAAAGCCACUAGUUUAUUUGUGAAAUGGAGGGUUGAUGUCAAAUAUAAAACAUGCACUGGUACUUUGUAUGGGUUCAAACUACAGUUGCAUGCAUUCCCAUUAUUAUAGGCUGCCUUUAAAAUUGUUUAAGGAGUCCAGAUCCUGGAACUAUUUCUCCCUGCUUUAGGAAUGAGAUUAUAUGCCCUCAACAGCCAAAGGAUUGUUUUUAGCUGUUGGUUUACCACUUCUUGUUGGGGAUUCUGCUGUAAGGAACAGUUUCAUCUCCUCUCAUACUAGUUUAGUAAAGGGAGCAUCACUAUUCUUUGGGGCUAGGUAUCAAAAGGGAAGUCAGCAACUGCUUCAAAGCACUUUCUGUCAAAAUAUAGAAGAGGCCUCCCAUCUAUAGACACUAGACUACCUCUUAUGUCUGCAGGUAUAAGAUGACCAUCAUCCCCAGUUAGCAUGGCAGCUUCUGGCUGAGGAUGAUAAACAUUUUAAUCUAUGACAUCUGGAGGGAAGGCAGGUUUAGAAGUAUGGAUAGGGAUGUGUCCUCAUACUCUUCAUAUUUUAAAGAUUGCAAUGAGUGGCCCAGUAUUGAUUUGCUGUUUUACAAUACCCAAUAGACUAUGGAAAGCAAAACUGAUUCAUAAUUUUCAGCUUUGAACCGUGCCAGCCGGGCAUCCGCUCCAAAGCAUCUCUGCUUCCUCCUCAGUGAAAUAUUGGCAGUCUGGCUAUGGAUAAAGGGAGUAUUUUUAGCCAAACCACUGGGAUGGGAGGGAGUGCUUGCAGCCACAUAUUAUGCUUGACUUUGCCCCAUCUCCAUGUGCAUGGUACAGCCACCUGCUGCCUCUUGUUUUAUUUAUAGCACAUGAGAGGCUAGGCUGCGAGUGUGUGGAGCACUACAAGUGGUUUGUAAAGCAGAGCUUAUGCCUGGCAUUCUGUGCAGUGCUGUCUUUCUACUGAAUAAAGAGAAGUGUUUAAUUCUU